GAAGGCAUAGCUCAAGUAAAGAUGGCUCUCCUAAUGAACCCAUUGAGCAACCUGGAGACAUAUAACAUUUCAGAAGAUUUGGGCUUUAUUCUGGAAGACCCAUUGGAGGAAUUGCCUGAUCCCUAUCAGCCCUGGAUAAGGCUUGCAAAAAAUCUGCCUUCCCUGAUUGAUGAUCAGCAACUUCGGGAUGAAGUUAAAAAGCUGCCAGAGCUUAGUAUCUGCCAUCUCCAAGGACAUAAGGAACUUCGCCUGGCACAUCUGGCACUGGGAUGUAUCACCAUGGGCUAUGUAUGGGAAGGUGGCGACAAAGAUGUCACACAGGUGCUGCCCAGGAUAAUUGCUGUCCCUUUCUGUGAAAUCUCAAAGAAACUUGGCUUGCCACCAAUUAUGGUGUAUGCAGACUGUGUUUUGGCAAAUUGGAAGAAAAAGGAUCCCUCUGGCCCCAUGACUUAUGACAACAUGGAGACUCUCUUUGCAUUUCCUGGUGGGGAUUGCAGCAAAGGAUUCUUUCUAGUUUCUCUACUUGUUGAAAGAGCAGCUGCUUCUGCAGUCAAGGUAAUUCCAGAUAUAUUUGAUGCAAUCAUAAAUAAAAACUGCAAUGUCCUAAAAGAAGGUUUACGUACUGUGUCAUCCUCUCUUCGUGAGGCAGAGCAAACAUUCCACCUUGUUCAUGAAUAUGUGGAUCCUAUUGACUUUUUCAAAAUUCUUCGCAUUUACUUGUCUGGCUGGAAGGGUAACUCCCUGCUGCCAGAAGGCCUGAAGUAUGAAGGGGUGUGGAACAACCCAAGGAAGUUCUCUGGUGGUAGUGCUGCCCAAAGCAGCAUCAUCCAGUGUUUUGAUGCCCUUCUGGGUAUCCAACAUGGAUCUGUACAUGAGAAUUCCAGUGCUCAAUUCCUCCAUGAAAUGAGGGACUACAUGCCGCCAUCUCACAAGGCUUUUCUUGAGGCAGUUGCCUCUGGCCCAUCUGUUAGAGAGUUCAUUCUUUCCAGUAAGGAUGCUGAUCUGAAGAAAAUCUAUGAUGAAUGUGUACAGGCUCUAGUUGAUCUCCGGAAUUAUCACCUUAAAGUGGUGGCCAAAUAUAUCAUUAUUCCAUCAAGUCAACUCAAGAACAAUGCAAAUAGAAAGGAAGUAAAAGAGGAUGAAGAGAAAGGGACAGGUGGCACAGACUUAAUGAGUUUUCUUAAGAGCGUAAGGGAUACAACUAAGAAAGCUUGCUUGUAA